GUUGUCGGUAACGCGUGAACGCGCAGGGGGGCGCGCGCGCAGACUCUCGAGAAGCAGCGCAAACACGAAGUUUAGACAAACACGCAGCAGGCAGAGCUAGAUUCCUCGAUGGCUCUCAGGACAGAGCGGUGUAGAGCGCUGUCUCUCCUCCGAUGCUGGAUCUCGCUCUUGGGCUUCACAGCGGUGUCGGUGUGUGAGGCCGUGCAGGUCUCAGUCCGUGACGAGCGACGCUUUGCAAUGCUCUUCCAGUCGGUGGUUCUGCCGUGUCAUUACACCAGCGUCUCCACUCAGACUCCAGUCAUCCAGUGGUGGUACAAGUCUUACUGCCGCGAUCGAAGCCGUGAUGCCUUCCGCUUCCCCGACACGCUGGCGGUCCACGGCUCCGAGCUCGGCUCCUCCGUUCAUCUGGACUGCGGGGACAGCGGCCGGACGGUGCGCAUCGUGGCUUCUGGACAGGGCUCGUCCAUCACCCUCGCUGAACACUACAAGGACCGGGAUAUUUCCAUCAUCAACAAGGCAGACCUGCGCAUCGGUGAGCUGCAGUGGGGUGACAGUGGUGUUUACUACUGUAAAGUGGUGAUUUCGGAUGAUUUGGAGGGACAGAAUGAAGCACAUGUGGAGCUGCUGGUGUUGGGUCAGACAGGUUUGGCCGAUGGUCUUCUGCCUGGGUUUAAUCUGGAGAUUGUUCCAGGUAUGAGCUUUCAAACGCACCAGUCUUUGUUUUCUCCUCACUUCCUGCUCUCUAACACUUUAAUUCCCGUGUGAUGUCAUUUCCUGCUAAUCCCAGUAAUAGCACCAGUCAAACUCGCUGAUCAAUCCCUGUAACUGACGUAACAGUGUAACUCGUCUGAUAACAUCUGUCUGCAGUGCUUUACAUCAUUGCAACAAUCAAACCGGUUAGGAAUGGAUCUUACAACCACCGAGGACGUUUUUCUUAUCUGUGUGACAUUGGUUAGACGGUCAGUCGUGUGUUUGUUGUGUGAGAUGGGUUUGACUCCAGACACAGGAAGUCCAUGGUUAGUGUUGAGAGAUCAGUAAUGAGACGUGAAUGCGGAAGCUGAUUCAGCGUUACAUCUGUUAGACGAAAAGCGUUCAUCACUGCUAUCACACGAAGACAAGAUGAAGCUGUCUAUAAAAACUGAUCUGCUCACAGAUUGCUCUUGAUGGCAAAGUGGUUCAUGGUACAUUUUAUGUAACUGAUUGAAAAAGAAUACUGUUUACACUUGUGUUUAUUUUGAGAAAUAUUAAGUCUGUUUUGUGCUUUAUUAUUCAAGCUUUAUUAUGUGUGUGUGUGUGUGUGUGUGUGUGUGUGUGCAAACACACACACGC